AUGUCAUUUGCUAAUAAUUAUAAUAAUUGUCGAUUUGGUAUUAGCAUUCCCCAAAAAUUAGUUAAACUAGCCACCGACCUAAUAUUUACUAAGUACGCUAAUUGUAUUAAUUACCAUGAAAGUAUUGGAGAAGAAAAUAUUGGUCAAGAAGACAAAAAAAUAAAAAGGCACGAUGAAAAAACUAACAAGUAUAAUAAAAAUAAAGAAUUAACCAUUGCGGAAAUUGAGGAGGACAUAUUAAAACAAAUUGAAACCAAAACCGGCAAAAAAGAUUUGCCUCGGAACAAAGCGGAAGAAAAAAACCUAAACCAAAAAAAUGCUGAUUAUAAAAAAAACCUAGAAGAGGCCAAAAAAAACACAAUCGAAAACAUUCAAGUUCAAUUAAAGAAAAAUGAACUAACUACCACUGACCUUAACGAUAACCGAGAUUGA